CGAAGAGCGCAAUUUUCUAAAAGUGUGUUCACACAAGGUUACAUUAACUGUAACAUGGUUUACCUCCCAUGUCCCUUUCCCCUUUGUUCUGCUGACCCUGUUGAGCACAGGGUCACACCUACGGCACACACUAACACACCUGGACUAUGUUCUACCUGUCUCUUUUCUGUCAACAUUACAGGUACGUUGUGUGUUGCAAUAAUGGACGCUAGCUCUUCGUAUUGACAUUGUGUGCUAGCAACUUGUUGACUAAUGUCACAGGAAGAUAGCAUGACGCCAGUUCGUCUGAAUAUUUACAGCGUUAAUAGAUUAUUGACACUAGUGCUACUGGUUCUAACAAUAGGGACAGCAAUCUACAUACUCAAACUUUGCUACACGUACGAGGUAUCCUCUCUUCGAAUAGCAUUGACAGGGGGAAGUAAUCAAUGUUCAGAUCAAGACGACUCAACUAAAAUUAAUUCCCCUACAAUACUGUUGUCAGAUGCUAAAUAUAAAUCAAUUAGACAUUAUCAUAGUAGAACAUUACAAUUUUCUAAAGAAUUUCAUUGCGGGAAACUUUUUGAGGCCGAUGAGCUGGAACAAGAGAAAGCAAUGUUGUUCACAAAACUUCAUCAAAAUCAAUUCCAAACCUUGCCAGAGAGCAUGGUUCCUUCAAUGUUAUCUGACUGUCAAGCUUUCAAAGAGAUCCGUGGCUACAGGCUGGACUCUGGUCAGCAAGAAGAAGAAGAGUUUCCCCUUGCUUACAUCAUUCUAGUCCACAGAGACUUUGAGCACUUGGAGAGGUUACUACGUGCUCUGUACAGGCCACAACAUACAUUCUGCAUACAUGUGGAUGCUAAAGCUUCAGAACACUUAAAGAAAGCUGUGUCACUUCUUGUUGGUUGCUUUAAGAACAUGGCACUUGCAUCUGAAGCACACACCAUUAUCUACGCUCACAUCAGCAGACUUGCUGCAGAUAUUACUUGUAUGAAGGACUUGCUGGAAUUGGAUUCUAAGUGGAAAUAUGUAAUCAAUUAUGCUGCUACAGAAUUUCCACUUCGGACUAAUUUAGAAACUGUAAAAAUAUUGAAAUCGUUAAAUGGCAAGAAUGAUAUUCAUGAGUCUUACAAGGCCAGGAUCAAAGACAGAUUUCAAUCAGAAUAUAGUGUCAUCAAUGGAAAAAUGACAGCAUCUCAAGUCACUAUGGCACCUCCACCGUAUAACCUUACAAUUACAAAAGGUCAGGCUUACAACUCUUUUACCAGAGAGUUCGUUGAAUGGGUUUUAACUGAGCAAAUACCACGUGACUUUUUGACCUGGAGCGAAAAAACGUACAGUCCAGAUGAACAUUAUUGGGGGACAUUAAACAAUCUUUAUCACAAUCAGUUUUUAAAUACACCUGGAGGCUUUCAAGGUGAACCAGACAAGAAAGGUUACAUUACAAAGUUCAUCAGUUGGCAAUACAGAAAUGCCAGGCAUAAAUGUCAAGGUCAGAUCAUUCAUAGUAUUUGUGUGUUUUCUUCACUAGACUUGCCAACAAUUAUGGUUCAGAUGCAUUUAGCUGCCAACAAAUUUGACUUGACCUAUGACCCCAUUGCUUAUGCCUGUAUAGAAGAGCUACAUACAAAUAAAACUUUGGCUCACGUUCCUUUUGAUAGAGCCUUUUACAAAAACCUGCAUUUUGUCAAGUACACAGUAGGUCAUAAGUAAGGACAUGUUUCUAAGCUCUACUCACAGUGAUAUAAAGUUGUUAUUUGAAUGUUUUGUUUCAUUAUAACAGUUGACACAAUAAUUUAUUGAUCUAACUACAAAACAUAUUGUUUUUUGUUAGCUAGAGACUAAGAUCUAAGUAUCAUAUCUUGACAUUGCUACUAAAAGUUCAAAAUGGCAAAGUUUCACAAAACACUAUCAAUUGUCUUUCAAUAUUUCUGUUUUAAUAUACUUUGUGUUUGUUGAAUGUACACUCACCAUGAUUAGUUGAUAUAUUCUUUGUGUUUGUUGAAUGUACAUUCAUCAUGAUUAGUUGAUAUAUUCUUUGUGUUUGUUGAAUGUGCACUCACCAUGAUUAGUUGAUAUAUUCUUUGUGUUUCUUGAAUGUACACUCACCAUGAUUAGUUGAUAUAUUCUUUGUGUUUCUUGAAUGUACACUCACCAUGAUUAGUUGAUAUAUUCUUUUUGUUUGUUGAAUGUACACUUACCAUGAUUAUUUGAUAUAUUCUCUGUAUUUGUUGAAUGUACACUCACCAUGAUUAUUUGAUAUAUUCUUUGUGUUUUAUGAAUGUACACUCACCAUGAUUAUUUGAUAUAUUCUUUGUGUACACUCACCAUGAUUAUUUGAUAUAUUCUUUGUGUUUUAUGAAUGUACACUCACCAUGAUUAUUUGAUAUAUUCUUUGUGUACACUCACCAUGAUUAUUUGAUAUAUUCUCUGUGUUUGUUGAAUUUAGUAAUGGCUGUGUACUCUAAACAUUUCUUUUAAUCUGAUAUUAACAUUGUG